AUGGACAACUGGGUUAAGAAUUUUCGAGUUACGCUACCACUGACGGUCGAGGAGUACCAAGUAGCACAACUGUAUUGCGUGGCGGAAGUGUCUAAAAAUGAAACCGGCGGUGGGGAAGGUAUUGAGGUGCUGAAAAAUGAACCGUUCGACAACUAUCCACUGCUGGGUGGAAAGUACAAUUCCGGUCAGUAUACGUACAAAAUCUAUCAUUUGGCCUCCAAGGUCCCGGCCUUUAUUCGGCUGCUUGCCCCGAAGGGAUCGCUAGAAGUGCAUGAGGAAGCCUGGAAUGCAUAUCCGUACUGCCGGACAGUCAUAACCAAUCCCAAUUGGAUGAAGGAAAAGAUGACCAUCACGAUCGACACGCACAGUAUCGAUGGUGACGACGAUCUCGAGAACGCUCACGAGUUGACGCCAGAAAAGCUAAAGCAACGUGACGUAGUCCACAUCGACAUCGCCAACGAUCCUGUCUCGCAGACGGAUUACAAAGAGACGGAGGAUCCUACGAAGUUCAAGUCGAAGAAAACUGGUCGCGGCCCGCUGGUCGGUCCGGAUUGGAGAAAGAGCGUGUCGCCGGUAAUGACCUGCUACAAGCUGGUCACCUGCGAGUUCAAAUGGUUCGGACUGCAAUCCAGAAUAGAGAACUUCAUCCAGAAGUCGGAGCGGAGACUGUUCACCAUAUUCCACCGGCAAGUAUUCUGCUGGAUGGACAGCUGGCACGGGCUAACCAUGCAGGACAUCCGUGAGCUGGAGGAUAAAACCAAAGAGGAGCUGGACAAACAGCGCCACGUCGGUGAGGUGCGUGGUAUGCGCGCCGAAAGUGACUAG